AUGACCACAAUAGAUGGCUUUCCAGCCAGUUUCUACAGCGAGCCGGGGGUUUUAGGAAUGUUAGCAAAUGGAAUCAGCGCCUUCCUCGUUCUUCUACAGAACUUUGGUAGAGCUCACACUGGAAUCGAACCGCAAGGCGUGGAGAACAUACUUGCAGGCGUCCAUCUUAUCCUGAUUGGUGGUAUCUGUCAACUGGUGGCAGGUCUUCUGUCCUUCAGAAAAUACGAUCAUCUCAGUGCCACUGCCUUUGUCGGAUAUGCUGCUCUUUGGGGAAGUUUUGGCGCCACCCGAAUCUACUUUGGUGCUUUGUCCAGCACCCCCACCGUGCCACCGACAAUAACAACGAACAUGACAACGUUGAAUGCAACCACAGAAUUCCCAGUCUGCUAUUUAUGUCUGUCCCUAAGGGAGUCCGCUAUCGCUGGCCUUCUCCCGUAUAUCCUCCUAUCGUUUCUCCUCGCCUUUUGUUCAGCCACAGUCAACUACAUUAUGCCUUUUGUUUUUGGCGCCAUAACUGCCACUUUAAUUUUUGAAGCAGUCGCUCUGGUGUCAGGUUCCUGGUCUCUCGUGGUAUCCGGCGUUCUUGAAUUGCUCAUUCUAAUGUUCGCCAUCUACGGUUCAGCGGCAUUGCUCGUUAAAGGUCUGACUCAACGUCUCGCCCUCAAAGGCUUCGGUACUCCUCUAUUUAACGUUCUUCUGCUCGGUACUGCCAGUUCAGGCAAUAAUCAAAGCUCUGGAACCGAGAAGAAGAAAAACACAAAGUACGCAGAACCCAUGGCGUUGGGUUAUUUCUGCGACACGGUUGCACCGUUCAUAUUUGCGUUUUACAGCUUCGGAUUCAUGACGUCUUUCGGUUUAGGAGUCGCUUGGGUGUCGAUCAAUUCAGCCGCACAGCUUUUCUCCAGCUACUACUCCCAUCUACGCCAAGAUGGCUAUCAUACAACAAAAUUUGGUUUCCAUGCCACUUAUUGGCUCAUUAAGGCUUGGGAAGAGUUUGUAGCGUCGACUCUGAUCGUGGACGACGACAACAUCACCUCAGGGAGAAACCCGAUGGUUGGAAACUGGUUCUUUGUGGUGGCAGCACUGGUGCUUUGCAUUGGAAGCCUGAACAUGGAUGUUCUGGAACUUGCCCAUAACAUACUUUUCCUCCUCCUCACAAUCUCCACAAUCCCUCAGAUUCCAAUUAAUGACUAUUACAUAUUCUUUGGAGUCGCUUGUUCCAUCUUCACCGCAGCUUCCCUGUACGGGACUUUCGCACGGCUAAUCAACACCAUUGCAGAGAAGUUGCUAAUCCCUGUUGGACCUCAGCCUAUCUCCGUUACUCGGCUGAAGAGAGUUUUUAAGUGGUCCAGAGAACCGAAACAAGAGUUAACUGUCCAAACACACCAGGCUUCAGACUCCCUGUUUUACCUCUUAAAUGGAGUUGGGGCUCUGUCUGCUCUCCAUGCGAGUGUGAACAGCAGGAACCCUUCAUUCCUCCAUCUGACGAUACCCUGGGUCCUCAUCUCUGGUGCAAUCAUCCAAGUCUAUGUCAGUCGACUUAAAGCCACGGGAGCAAACCAGUUUGGCUCUGUUAUCUCGUCCAUCUAUGCGGCAUUGUGGGCAACAUGGACCUGGUUUAGAUUUGCAGGUCAGCUACUUCAACUUUCCAAUGAGGUUGCUUAUGAUUUCACAGCAGGAGCCAUCGCUUUCCUGGUUAUCAAUGGUUUCCUCCUUUUUAGCGCUGCAUACAGGAACCUGGUCUUGGUGUUCCUCACGGCAACCAUGGAGGUGAUACUUGUUUGUUUUCUACUUUCAACUCUUCAGCGACUUCCAUAUCAACUAGAAAUGGCCAUGCUUGCAAUCUUCUCCAUCAUUUGUCUAUAUGGAGCUCUGGCAUCAUUGCUAAAUGGCAUCUUCUCCCAGAUAUUACUACCAUUGGGUCCUCCUUUGUUGAAGGAGCAAGUGAAACAGAACAGUGAACCAGAGAUGCCUUGCCCAUUGGCAAACUCCAAACUCACCUCUGGGCUUCUGAAAAUCGCCGGCAUUCUGGAACAGGGGGGAGUAUGCGGUAUUCCCACAGACACAGUGUACGCUUUGGCCGCAUCGUGCAAGAAUCCGCAGGCUAUUGAGAAAAUCUAUAAUAUUAAGGAGAGACCAGCAGAGAAGCCCAUUUGUAUUUGCAUCUCAAGUGUGAAGCAACUGGUGGAAGCCAAACCGCCCUUCAGUCCUCUACUCUGGGAGUUCAUGCGGAAUGUUUAUCCUGGAGGUAUUAGCUGCAUUGUCAGCAAAGGCGAUUGGCUCUCCAGAUUGGGGGUGGGGCCGGCUUACGACCGAGUGGGCACCCGGGACAGCAUCAUGAUCCGAGUCCCCGACCACAGCGUGACCCGCCACCUGUGCGAUAUCACCGGACCCCUCGCUAUUACGUCAGCCAACCCCAGCGGGGAAGCAGACAGCACCCACCACAGAAUGGUCAUCGACCGACUAGGAUACAAGAUUCAAGGUGUGCUGUGCGACGGCGAAACGAAUGAAGUCGUCGCCUCAACUGUUGUCAACUGCCUCAACAUUGAUGAAGGCACCAUCUCCAUUCUCAGAGAAGGAUGUGUCCCUGCAGUUAAAGUCAGAGAGAUUUUCGACAGAGUGAAAAGUACAAUGGCCUGAUUGUUAUCCACCAAGUUCAUCUUCUUCAUGGAGAAUGUUCUUCUAUCUGUCAAUGUCAGGGUUGAAAUAUUUAUGGAACGCUAGCACCAUGCUCCUCAGUAGAUGGAUUGCUCCAGAAUGUGUUACAAAAACAAUAAACCUCAGAAAAGAUUGCUUAUAUUUGUACUUAUGGCGAUUUGACAUUUUAUUAGGAAUAUUGUUGUGGU